AUGGGUAGUGUCUGUGCUGAACAAAACAAGUUCCAACCCUCUCACCAACUAUUCCUCACCCAAAAAACCCUCCGAGAAAUCGACAUAACCUCCAUCGACAUGUUCAUGGACUCCCCAAAAGCUGACGAAACCCUUCUGCAAAAAUUCCUACCAUCUAACAACUAUGAUGAUGAUCAUGAUGAUGACUCCGAUCCCUAUGCGUCGGACCACUUUCGCAUGUACGAGUUCAAGGUCCGGCGGUGCACUCGUAGUCGAAGCCACGACUGGACCGACUGCCCCUUUGCUCAUCCGGGCGAAAAGGCUCGCCGGAGGGACCCUAGAAGGUACCACUACUCUGGAACUGUUUGCUCCGAGUAUCGCCGAGGCAUCUGUACCCUCGGCGACAACUGUGAGUUUGCUCACGGUGUUUUUGAAUGCUGGUUGCACCCGUCUCGGUAUCGAACCGAAGCAUGCAAAGAUAGUAAGAAUUGUAAGAGAAAGGUGUGUUUUUUCGCCCAUUCGCCUCGGCAGCUUCGUGUUUUGCCGUCGAAUUGCAAUGAAAAUGCUUCAUCCCCGGUGAAUUCUCCGGUUUCUGGUGAGAGGAAGUACCAUAAGGCCAAUCACUGUUGUGUUUAUUGUCAUACUUCACCUACUUCUACUCUAAUGGGUAUAUCUCAUUUUUCGCCUCCGCUGUCGCAGUCGCCACCGCUCUCGCCGAUAAAAGCUCAGGUUAUGAGUGGGUAUUCUCCGAUAUCGCGAUACAGUGAUCGCAUGUUGAGUGUUGAUUCUUGUGGGUUGAAUCGGUUGAGUCAAUUCAAUAAUGGGUCUUUGAGUUACAAAGAUGUGCUCACUGAGUUGAUGAGCUCGUUGGAGACUAUGAAUGUUAAUGAAGCUUCACAUGCAAGUGAUAAGAAUAGGAAACUGUCUUGGGUCGAUGUUAAUUUCAAUGGUGAUGAUCAGCAGCAGUUUAUUCUCUCUCCUUCAACCCCAAGUCCUUCUGGGUUUGCACAUUUUUUGGCUGGAGAUUGUUCAAGUAGGAGCUUUGUUGAUGAUAAGUUCAAUGAAAGUGGUUUGGCUGAUCCUGAUCUUGGGUGGGUCAAUGAUCUCUUGACCUAG